GGUGCUGUCGAGCCCAUGCAGAUUGACGUAGAUCCACAAGAAGAUCAGCAGAAUGCGCCUGACAUCAACUAUGUGGUGGAGAACCCCACGCUGGACUUGGAGCAGUACGCGUCCAGCUACAGCGGGCUGAUGCGCAUCGAGCGGCUGCAGUUCAUCGCCGACCACUGCCCGCAGCUGCGGGUGGAAGCGCUCAAGAUGGCUCUGUCCUUCGUCCAGAGGACGUUCAACGUCGACGUGUACGAGGAAAUCCACCGGAAGCUGUCCGAGGCCACCAGGGAACUGCAGAACACCCCCGAUGCUGUCCCCGACGGCGGGAUUGAGCCCCCGGCUCUUGACACAGCCUGGGUUGAAGCUACGCGCAAAAAAGCUCUUCUGAAGCUGGAGAAGCUCGACACAGACCUGAAAAACUACAAAGGGAACUCCAUCAAGGAGAGCAUCAG